AAAGACGUUAGCGGGAGGAGUUAGCGGCUGUUGGAGAAGGGGUUCACGGAAACAGUCCCUUCCGAAGCCCCGGCCAUCGCGGGGUGGGCCGUCUUCCUCCCUCUCAGGCCGGGGGCGCCGGCGAGGAGGGACACGUGUACCGACCGCGGCCGCCCACCCGGGCACGCCUGGGCAAGACCGCGCAGGACGACCCGGGGGCCGCCGCCCGUUGGCCCCGCCCGGCCCUGAACGCCCAGGGGUCGCGGCGCGUCUGCCCUUGGCGUGUCAGCAGCAGCCUGUGGCGACUGAGGCUAUGCAUUGCAGCAGCUCCAAGAGCGGGGUGGUCUUGGCUCCAGUGUCCCGAGGUCCUGAUGCCUGUCAGAUGAUAACCAGAGCCCACCUCGGCCAGGAUCCCCCCCAAAGAACAGUGCUAGGGGUGCUGACUGAGAAUGGGCAGUACAGGAGGACCUGUGGCCAGGGGAUCACAACACUCAGAUGUUUCUCUGGAUCAGAAAAUGUCUUCCCUUCAACUGGAAAGAAACUGCUCUCUGACUGUGGGGUCCAUGUGCCCGCCAAGCAAGGAUUUGAUAUCUACAUGGAUGAGCCUGAGCAGGGUGACAGAGACAGCUGUACAGAAAGAGAGGGGAUGGCAUUUGAGGAUGCGUAUGAAGUAGACACCAGCACACUCAAGUCAGACCUUCACUUCUUGCUGGAUUUUAGCACAGUUUCCCCCAUGCUGGUAGAUUCAUCUCUCCAUUCCCAGUCUGAAGAUGCAUCAGAUUUUGGUACAGAUGUGAUAAAUGUGACUGAAUAUGCUGAAGAAAUUCAUCAGUACCUUAGAGAAGCUGAAAUAAGAUACAGGCCCAAAGCGCACUACAUGAGGAAACAGCCGGACAUCACGGAAGGCAUGCGCACAAUUCUGGUGGACUGGCUGGUGGAGGUCGGAGAAGAAUAUAAGCUUCGAGCAGAGACUCUCUACCUGGCUGUCAACUUCCUGGACAGGUUUCUCUCCUGCAUGUCUGUUCUGAGAGGGAAACUGCAGCUUGUGGGAACAGCAGCUAUUCUUCUGGCUUCGAAAUAUGAAGAAAUAUAUCCCCCCGAAGUAGACGAGUUUGUCUACAUAACUGAUGAUACUUACACAAAGCGGCAGCUGUUAAGAAUGGAACACCUGCUCCUGAAAGUCCUGGCUUUUGAUUUGACGGUGCCAACGACCAACCAGUUUCUCCUUCAGUACUUGAGGAGGCAAGGAGUGUGUGUCAGAACCGAGAACCUGGCCAAGUACGUAGCGGAACUGAGUCUACUUGAAGCUGACCCAUUCUUGAAAUAUCUUCCUUCACUGAUAGCUGCAGCAGCUUAUUGCCUGGCAAACUAUACUGUGAACAGGCACUUCUGGCCAGAAACCCUUGCUGCCUUUACAGGCUAUUCAUUAAGUGAAAUCGUUCCUUGCCUGAGUGAGCUACACAAAGCGUGCCUUGACAUAACCCAUCGACCUCAGCAAGCAAUUCGGGAGAAGUAUAAGGCUUCGAAGUACAUGCACGUGUCUCUCCUGGAACCCCCUGCAGUGCUUCCUCUACAGUAAGCUGCAGGACUGAAGUGCUUUCAGACCUGGACUUCCACGUCACCAGCACUGGUCUUAAUUUUUAUAGGUUUCUGCAGGUUGGGUCAACUAGUGUUGCUACAAUAUAGAUGACAUAUUUUUUAAAAAUGUAAAGGUAUUUAGGUUCUCUUAGACUUUAGUAGCUUAUAAUAGAGUCUAACAUUUUUUGAAGAAUAAACAACUUGCCUUAUGACCACGUGUUAGGCUCCUUUACUGAUUAGCAUGGCUGACACACUUGCCUGGAAUUUUAGUUGAGAGUAUUAUAAAUGUCAUCUCUAUUUCAAGAAUUCUUUUAAGUUGGUUUUAUAAAUCUGGCACACUACUAGCAUUAACCAUUGUGAGGAAUCCAGAGAUUUUCAUGUUUGAUAAAUGGCCACUGAGACGUUUUCCUUCCUAUCUCUUUACUCUUCACCUAGCUCUCCAUGAAUAGGCACGGGAAGGAACUCCAAGCUUAGACAGAUUAUUAGUGAAGGGAUGUAAACAAGCACUAUCUGUUCUAGCUUCCCUGUAGGACCCUAGGGAGGAAAGACAGUGGAUUGAGCACUAAAUGUGAUCAAGAAACUCUGAGGGGUAUCUUAAAUUUACUUCUAAUCCAGGGAUAUGACGUGCAUUUUGUAAACAGAUACCAUUAUGUCAAUAUUCAGUUUUGAUUUAGUCACCCAUCAAGCAUAUGUGUUAGCCUUAGAAGAUGCUCUGAGAUGUAGAAAAAGCAAAUUUCACCAUAGAGUGGGACUUCAGAAUAAGUAAGCUAACCCUUCCUGUUUGUCCCUUGGGAGAUAGCCAUACUAAGCUCUGCUUUAGCUCGAAGUUUUAAAUUAUUCGUGAUCCUGCAGUUCUCUUCACUAGACAUUCAUAUAUGGCUCCUUUCAUAGUAUACAAGAUGGGGAAAACUGAAAAAAAAAAAAUCAGCCAAACACUUAACUUUCUUUUAAAGAUUGGAAGAGAAAUCAAGAGUAGACUUGGCCUUGAGGGAGGGUGGUGUUGUUGGGCAUUGAGUAUGAAUUUUGUUAAUCUCAGCGUUGGUAGCCCUGGACUGGUAGGCCCUAGAGGCACGUGAGCCUUUUGUGCUGAGGGUGCCUCUGUUUCUGGGCCUGCCCCAGGGCUUGGCCCGGAUGGCUCUGUGGAGACAAGAAACAGAGGAAACACAUGUUUUCUAGGUUACUUUACAUAGACAGGAUUACUGGUAUGUUUUGGUAAAAUGAGAGUAGGUGAAAUUAACUCUAAAUGUUAUGUUUCAAGCUCUAAUGAAAUUAUGAAUAUAAAAUGCAGCCAUAUUUUA